AUGGUUGCCGAAGUUCUUUCUCUCAUGAUUAAAAAAGUUGCUUAUAUGGAUCUUAUCUCUAGUUUCAGGACAUCCCCUCAAGAAACUGUGAUUAAUCAAUUACAGUUUGCAGAUGAUCAUAUAAUCUUUAUUGAUGAUAAUACUGAACAAAUCUCAAAUUUGAAGAACAUAUUAUUUGCUUUUGAGCUCAUUUCCGAUUUUAGAGUCAACUUUAAGAAAAACGCAGUGGUGCAUGUGGGUGAGACUCAAAAUGCUAGAGCUUGCACUGAUUUAUUUGGUUGUUCUUGUGUUAGCUUCCCUGUUAAUUACUUGGGUAUUCCUUUGGGCAGCAAGUCAAAGGCUUCGUGUCUACCAAAAUCUGUUGAGAAAGAGAUGGAAAGGAUUAUCAUUUGGGGUGGUUCUAAAACAGUCAAGAAAAAAGGAUGGGUUGGAUGGGAUAAAGUCAAUGCAUCAAAACAUAAUGGAGGUGUUGGUAUCAAGAAACUUAGCAUCAUGAACAAAAAACUUCAUGCUAAGUGGAUAUGGAGAUAUGACAAUGAAAAAGAUGUUUUAUGGAGAAAAGUGGUUAAGCAGAAAUUUGAUGGAAACUCUAUGGAUAUUUUUCCCAAUUCUCCUAAUAGGCCAGUUAACAAGAGUUUAUCGGUAGGGAUAGUGAAAUGCAAGGAUAUUGUAAUAUCUAACUAUGUUAUUCAUGUUAACAGUGGCAACAUAAGUCUUUUCUGGAAAGACUUAUGGUGCAAUGGUUUGUCUUUAAAAAUUCUUUUUCCUAAUAUUUUCAUGAUUUCUAUAAGUAAAGAUUUUACUAUCUCUGAAGUGGUUUCUAACUGCAAUGGAAGUAGGACAUGGAAUUUGAAUCUUAUAAGAUAUUUGAAUGAUACUGAGUUGAAUGAACUUGUGCAACUGUUGAAUUUUAUACCAGAGCCAAAUUCAUUAACUGAUGGAGAAGAUGUCAGAGUUUGGAGAACUGGUGAAACUUUUACUGUGUCAGGAUUUUUACUUCUUUAG